AUGGCCUCUGACAACAGCACCGGUUCGGCGCGUGACUCGCGGAGCGCGCCUGCAACCAGCGGGCAGAUGCGGCAGCUGCAGGCGCAGAUGCGGGAGACGCGGCGCGAGUUGCUGCAGGCCAUCCAGGGGCUGCGGCCCUGCCACUGCCAUCCGGACAAGGCCGGCCGCCUGGGAACGAUAGAGGAGGGCGUGCGCGCCGCGCAGGAAGAGCUGCGUGCAAUGGACAUCGCCGGCGCGGCCCGCGCGUCGUCCUAG